AUGUUUGUUUCUGUUGUUCCUCCGUCGCUCGUCAAACUGACCGCGUUCGGACGUCGCGCGUGCGACGGAGACGCGCGCGAGCGGUCGCUGCUCGCCGCGGCGCACUGCUUCGCCGUCGGCGCCGCCGCGAGCGCGGGCAGAUACGCGUUCGCGCUCUUUCCCGCGGCGCGGUGGCGUUUUAUGGAUGAGUUGUCUUUUAUGGAUAUCCAUGAAAUAGCAGAACUCCAGAAGACGACGAACGCGACCCUGGACGUGAUCUCCGCGUCGUCGUUCGCCGGCGGCGGCGUCUUGUGAGGCUUUGAAAAAAACGCUUCGAAGAAAUCUCCAGAAGAUUACCGUUACGACGACGACGACACCGAAAGAGUACGACCCCCGACUCCGGAUCGUCGUUCGAUCGCGGCGCGCGUCGGCGGUGCCGUCGCGCGCUCUCCUACGCUCUGCGCGACGACGCUUUUCCUGUUCGCGUGCGCCGUGUCCGACGCGGCUUCGAUGACGCCGUUCGACGCCACUUUUUUUCACUUGGCCGGCGAAAGGUGCUUUCUAUCUCUUCGCUUCGUAUGGAAUGGCCGCGAAAGUCGCCAGCGGUUCGAGCGGUGGAUCGCGUGGGUCCCGAGCGUCCUCGGCGCGGCGUCGUACGCCGCGACGGGCGCGCGUCGAGUAUUCGUCGUCGGCGCGCGUCGUAAAGAUAAAGAUUCGAAGACGCCGACGCCUGACGUCGACCUGACCGCGCGUCGCGUGAACUACGAGGCGUGCGACGACGUCGACUGGAGCGCAGACGACGAGGGCUUGAACGCCGCGGCGUCGGACGAGUCCUACGACGAGCGCGAUUUCGAACGCUCGAACGCGCGGCGUUUCUCGAGAAAAAUCGACGCGCUCGUCGCGACCGUCGCGAGGGUCGCGCAGACGCCGUUGCAUCUCCUCGCGUCGCUGUCUUUCCUGGACGAGUCCGCCGUCGUCGGCGCCGCCGAGGGCCUGGAAUGGGGAGGAUGGUCGUUUGGCGCGCAGCCCGCGGCAGCGGCGGCGAUAACGUCCGUCGUUAAUGCGUUGCGCGGCGUCGAGCAAGAAUCCUUCGUCGUCUCGAGCUCGAUGAGCGACCUCGAGGCGAUUCGCAAAGAGAGCAUCUUCGGAGACGCGAGCGGCGCGGACGUCGUCGCGGACCCGAGCGACUUCGAAGGGCUCGUCGGGAACGUCGCCGAGGGCGUCGCCGCGGCGGUGUGCGACGCCGCGGCCGCCGCGGCGGACGCGGCGACGUGCGCGGUGAUCGCGAUCGAUCCGGGCGGCGGCGGCGGCGGCGGCGGCGGCGGCGGCGCUGGCGGCGCGGAGACGGCGGCGAGGCUCGCGCACCUCGCCGGCGGCGUGUUUUUAUUCGCGUCGUCGGUGGCGUGGAUCGUCGAGCUGCGCGCGUCUUCGCGGUUGGGGUGCGACCCGUCGAGGAAGUAG